AAAGUGUUCCGACAUGCUUGGGAGCCAUCACAAGACACUUAGGUGAUGCAGCCCGCUAACAAGCAAUACGUUGUUAUUGACGUCCCUAUCAAGAAACAACUCAUGAUAGCAGCCAAGAAGUGGAUUGUUAGCAAAGAACUGUGCCUUUAUCCAGUGGGGUUUGUCGAUAUCCACCUACAAAGGUGCGACCAACCAGAUGAAAAUUGGGCAAUUCUGGAAUGUAAAGUCAUUGACGAAUUCGGUUCUCUGCAGUCGGCGAAAGAUGUUUUAAUUUCAAUGCAAAUACUGGAAUCUCACCUUAGAAACACUUCUGCGGAUGAGAACACAUUGUCACAAAACAUUGAGAAGCCCAAGAGAGGUGUAAUGAAGCGUAAAGAAGAUUUUCUAUACAGUUCAGUCGACAUGGAUGUAGCUGAGGUGCAGGCUGGGAAUAGCCGCGUACAAUAUCCCAAAUUCUGGGUGUUCGACAAAUUCAUAUCGCAAAUCGCCAAUUCGACACAAUUAGGGAUAUCACCAUCCACAUCGGAAUCUAAGAAUGUCGGUGGUGCUAUAGCGGUUGCCAGUAAAUUCACGUUACUUGACACCACUUCAAAACGAGCACUUCAGAAAUGCAAGUUUUACGGCUGCAUACGAAUGCCUUAAAUAAUCUCUUUCUGUCAUCCGCUGUCAACGAAAAAGACCUUGGUAAGCUGUACGACAUCGCGAAACAAGGUUACUUUCACGAUAUCAGAGACAAGAUGAUAAAGCGUAAUAGAAG